UUUCUUCUAAAUCACAUUUUAGAUGAUAAUACUUUAAUUUGUUUUACUUGUAGAAAUGAUUUCAGAUAAAAAUAAGAAAUUAAGACAAAAGAAGCCAAAACCUUUGCUUUGGGAAUCAUUGACAAUUCAAUUCACAAAUCUUCAAGGACAGAGCGAACUUGAAAAGGAUUUACCAAAGAAAUGGGAAAAACAUGGAGAUUUGAUUUUGCUUCCUCAAAAUUGCUUUACAAAUCCGGAGUGGCACGAAAUAAAUAAACAAGCACUUUGGGAAGCUGUUGCAAAAUACUUUGGUGUUCAAAGAAUUGCCAAGAAAGAUAGAAUUUGCAGUGAUGGACAUAGAACACCUCAAGUAUCUUUAUUGAAAGGAGAAGAUCCCUGGGUUUGCCAUGUUGAUAAUAAGAUCAGAUAUUCAUAUGAUGUGACGAAAUGUAUGUUUUCAAUUGGAAACAUCACAGAAAAAAUGAGAAUGGCAAAGCUAGACUGCAAGGAUGAGACGAUAGUUGAUAUGUUUGCUGGUAUCGGUUACUUCACACUCCCUUUGUUAGUCCAUGGGAAAGCAAGAUAUGUACAUGCAUGUGAAUGGAAUGCAGACGCAAUACAAGCUCUCAGGAAAAAUCUGGUCGAUAAUAAAGUUGUGGAAAGAUGUGCUGUGUAUGAAGGAGACAAUAGAAAGGUUUGCCCGGAGAACGUAGCUGAUAGAGUUUUGAUGGGUCUUAUACCAACAGCUAUGGAAAGCAUUAGAGCUGCCUGCGGAGCUCUGAAGAUCGGUUCUGGAGGAAUACUACAUAUCCAUCAAAACGUGGAAUCAAAAAUAAAACAGAAUGAAUACGUUGCAAUGGAGAACAAUAUAUCAUGCAAUAAGUCUCAUGUGUUGACUGAAUGGAUAAUCUGGGCUAAAGAAACUGCCCAAAUAGUUAAAAAUACAAUGCUAGAGAUCUAUAAAGAAAAAAGUUUAAAAGCGAAUAUUGAAACCGAGAUUAUCCAUAUAGAGAAAGUGAAAUCUUAUGCUCCACAUAUCGACCAUUUAGUGUUAGAUUUGAAGGUUAUUACUUAUCGAUCUUGAUCGGUAAGUAUGUUGAUAGGUAAUUUGUCGGUCUGUCUGUUAGAUGCAUGUGAUAUCUCACGAAAGCGAGGUUGAAUCUGCUCCAAAUUUUGCAUGUGC